UGGGAGUCUCCGUCGAAAAUGUCGUUUCUGGCGGAGACGGAACGCCGAAUCGACAAGCUGCUCCACGAGUGAGAGACGAAGAAACUCGCGCCACUCUGUCAUUGCAUGGCUGUGUUUGUCUGUCCUGCACUGCAGUCUUGAGGUUGAUGAGGCCGUGCGCACGCCAGCCAGCGCCCCGCUGCCGCCCGUUCAGAAGGUGGCGAGGCGGCUGGCCGACAUGGACGAGGAGGAUGACUGGGCACUGCCGCCCAGAAGGGGCACACACCUCCACACACGCCCCGCGCCAAUCGACACGAGCCCACACACCAGACCACGUGCGUCAGUCGGGAUGGAUCCAUGGAUACAUAUGUGCAGACAGAGCCGCACAAUGUUAUGCACUCCAGGCCAGGCCUCAUGCCUUGUGUGUGUUGCCGUCAGUGUGUGUGAGGGCGGUAGAGAGGAGCCAGGCCGAGGUGCAGAGCCUGCAGGACGAGUCGAGACGCCAAAAGAGACAAAUUCUCAUGCUCAGCGAGGUAAGUAGGUGCACUGACCAUGCAUCCACACAGGCCGAAUGGAUGGACGCCCCCAGGUUUCGUCAAUUAAUGUGUAUGUGUAGGACUGUCGGCGGCACGCGUUGGAGGCUGAGCGGUCCCGAGCUCUGGCCGCCAAGCUGGAGGUGGCCCAGCGACAGAGCAGCGAUGAGAGGGUCAAACUACUCAGCCAAAUCGCUGAGGUCAGUCAUUCGGCCGGCCAGCCAAUCACACAUAGACACAGACGUACAAGACCAUGGGCAUGAAUUGCCUCGUGCAGCUUCGUGCUGACGUGGCGGCGUGUCGUCACGAGAAUGAGACGCUGAGGCGGCGCAACGCGGCUGACGACCUCCGGGAGCAGGAGAUCCGCGCGCAACUCGAACAGCACAUGGACCAAAACACAACUCUCACACAACAAUACCAGGUAGGCGCGGUUUGCCGGCCAGGUCAGGUCAGAUGAGGCAUUCAUUUGUUUGGGCGUGGCGUGCGUGUUGUGGGGAUCGUAUCGGUUGCAGGAUGCGUGUCUGGGUCAGCAGCGGCUGAGUGGCGAGCUGCUGGAGGCUGACAAGGUCGCCGCCGACAUGAGACGGGCAGUGCAGCCCCUGCUCAUCGACAGGUAG